GUGAUCAAGGUGAGCUUGUGGGGAGAAUCUUGUGUUUGUUGGCAGUUGACAAGGCAAUUCAAUCGAAAUAUGAAUGCUGGAACAUGUACCUUCAGCCUAUUACUGUGCAAGAAUUUCUUGAUGCACUGGUUGGUUCACAGGCCUUUGAAAAGCUCAACGCAGUGCUUGAUGAACAAGCCAACGGCAAUAAUUCUGUAAUGCUUCGCAAUAGUAAGAUCAGGUUCAACCACUUUGUAUAUGUUAGCUUUACACCCACAAGGAUGAACCUCGUUAACUUCUUCUUUCGUGGUGCAGCAAUAUUGUGUAAGCGCAAUCAAAAAGGAACAGAUCUGAUCAUUCCAAUUGCCAUGGUCCAGGAUGAUGAAACUCCGAUUACAGAGAAUAACCUAUCAUUCAUCAAUAUUCAAGUCAGAAAUCGAGAGGCUGAUGGCCAGCCAACUGGUGAUGAUUAUCAGCUAAAGAAUAAACAACAAGAAAGCGAGCCAGUUUUUAAACGACAAAAGACAGAUAAUAUAUUCAAACAGACAGCUCGUUAUAUUGGAAUUGACAGCAGCAUACCUUUCCCAUUACCCUAUCUUAGCAUUUAUAUGAGUCUUGGUGUGGCAUCUGAAGGCAUAGAGUUCCAGUAUAUGUUAGACAUUGGGGUGAAAACACGCACAGAUGUCAAGGAGAGGAUGGGACAUUUGAGCAUUUAUGGACUCUCCAAGAGUGUGUAUGCAUGUCUUAAUGACAAAGAUAGUGAUGUAGAACUAUUAUUGCACAAAUUGUUGAUUUCAUAUGUUGAUCCUGUUGAAAAAGAAGAUGGCGUUCUGUGGGUUGGACACCAAGCCAGUGAUAAAUGGGUUCAACAAUGCAAGCAAAUUGUGAAGAACAUGGAGCUUUUACGAUAUGAGCAAGGUAUGUCAGAACAUUUGUUUGCAAUUUAG